AUGGAUUGUUCUUGUCGGCACGGAAAUGUAGUUUACGACUUCUGCUAUCGCCUUCCGACAAACACGAGCGUUAAAGGGCGACGCUUUGAUUGCAAAUACAUUGCACAUUUACAAAACUUAGAGCUCCUGUCAAACCGGAGCACCGUCGACCUUCAAAACCAUUACAUGCCUGCCCCCAGGUUUGUGACGGCGAUAUCAGGAAACCACUUUAAAGAAGGUCUCACUUUGGAGUGUGUUCAAUGGGUACAAUUCCUUUUCCGCCACGCUCAAAACCAAUUGCAGACGUUGGGUCAAACAGCUUGA